GCAGAAGUGUCUCCUCUGCUGCUGCUGCUGCUGGUUUUAUAAUCAUGCAUGGAUCUGUCAUCAUGCAUGUCAACUCACUGGUAUGCAUGAUAUUCCUAUCAGUGAUCCCAGGCGUUUGGAGUCAGGACCUCUACUCUGUGACCUACCCCUCUAAGAGUGUCUGUGCUUUAGAGAACUCCUCGGUAACCCUUCGCUGCUCUUACAACGAUGGACCUUACGGUACCAAAACAGGCUACUGGUAUAAAGAGAGGAUCCUUAAUGGGGACCCAAAGGAUCUGAGACAGACACCAGAGUACAAAGAUCGAGUGUGGAUGCCUCGUUCCGAGAAUGGCUGUGGUCUUAACAUACGAGCAAUUAGAGAUAGUGACUCUGGUGUUUACUAUUACGGAUUUAAAGCAUGGGAAUAUAGACAGACAACAACAGCAUGGAUUCACGGCUCGCCCGGGACUAAUGUCACUGUCUUGAAAGAGGUUCAGCUGGAGGUGGAUCGUACGUCAGUCACACAAAGGAUAAAGAUAACCUGCGCCACGUCCUGUAGGCUGCCCGCUACUGCUUACUACCUCUGGUACAGGAAUGGAAAAUAUCUAAAGUACACUGAGGAGCCUUCCACUUACAUAGACUCAGCCAGUGACUCUGGGAGUAAGGGUAGUUACCGGUGUGUGGUCCAAGCUGGUGGCUAUAGACUGACAUCUUCUGAUGUGUGUGUUUCUGGCCCGGACUGCUGGGGCAAGGCACCUAACCCCUCACUGCUCCCCAAGCGCCGCUGGUUGGGCAGGCAGCUCACUGCUCUGGAUGCACCAAGAAAUGUCUCAGUAUCACUGAGUCUUUCUGGUUAUAUCAUGGAAGGAAGAUCCAUGACUUUGACUUGCAACAGUGAUGCCAACCCACCAGCAACCUACACCUGGUAUAGGGGGGAAGGGGGUGAAACCUUUUUCAUGGAAUCAGGACAGCAAUGGAACAUCAGUAACAUCAGCUCAGAAUUUAGCGGGCAUUACCGCUGUAAAGCACAGAACAGUAUUGGACACAAUGAUUCCAAACCAUUUCUGCUGGACGUUUAUUACGGCCCAAAGAACACGUCUGUAUUAAUCACUCCUUCUGGUGACAUAGUGGAGGGUGAUUCAGUGACUCUGACCUGCAGCAGUGAUGCCAACCCACCAGUGCACAGCUACACCUGGUACAAGAUCAGCAGAGUCAACGCUUCAUUAGGAUCAGAGCAGAAACACUUCAUGACCAACAUCAGCUCUGGAGACAUGGGCCAGUACUACUGUGAAGUGGCAAACACAGUUGGAACCAGUAACUCUGCAGUGCAACUUGUGAAUGUUUUCUAUUCCCCCAAGAACACAAGCGUGAUUGUUAGUUCCUCAGGUGAGGGGAGAUCAGUGACUCUCACCUGUACGGCUGACGCCAACCCCCCAGUACACACAUACUCCUGGUACAGGAAGACCAGCAGUGGUUCUGUUCUGAUGGACACAGGGAAUAGCAGCAGCUAUACUGGGGUCUCAGAUGGUGAUAGUUACUAUUGUGCAGUACACAAUGAAUAUGGCUCUCAUAACUCCUCUGAAAUUGAAGUGUCUUUCACAGACAUAAAUCCGAAGUCUGGACUAUUUGUAGCUCUGAGGAUCAUUCCGUUUGUGCCGAUGAUAGCGGUGCUUGUGUUGGUGUGCAGAACAUGCAAAGGUGUAUACAUCAUCAAGAACACAAGCACAGUGGUGGAUGACAGAAAGGGGGAAGACCCCAGUGCUGUGUAUGAAGACGUUUCUGCACUUUGAUUAUUCCACAUUCCAUCCUGUCAUGUUCCAAUCAGUGAGUGAAUGAGCAUGGAGAAUGAUGUUCAGUUGUUUUUUUAUGUCACAUGGUGGUUAUUCAUGUAGUGUAUGUCACCCCAUGGUUGCCAUUUUUUAUAUUUUCUGCACAAAAACAAAUCCCCACUGUAGCAUUACUUUCUGUUAUAGUGUCACUUACAAUUUGAGUUGCUUUGAUAACAACCCCAAAACCUUGAGUCUUCGCCAGUAAUGUUCACAAUGGUGAAUGUUGAAGGUGUAAUUGGAUAGAGGGCUACAUCAACGAUAAAGAAGCUUAACAAUGGUCCAAACAUCUUGCUUUAUUUUGGCAAACCACGGCUGGCGUCAUUGGUAAGAACUGCAGUCUGGUACACAGCAACUCAUUAGUUGCUUCACUCAAAGCAAUUUUCCAAACUUCCUCCCACCUUAGCCGUGUUUGCACAGAAAUCAUUAAAAAUGGCGGCAACAUUAUUUCAUUUCGUAUGCUAUGUAGCUUCUAUUGGUGAAUGAUGGCUGUGCUGGUGUUGGUGAUUGUAAUUUUAGUCUUUUGGAUGUUUACUUGUGCACAAACCUUCAGGCUGUGCAUUUCACAACCCUGUUAACAAACAAUUUGCCAGUGAAUAAGCAAAGCCGAAGGUAUAGUUAGCCUCAGCAAGAGACUAAUUUUGAACAUAGACAGAAUGAAUUAAUUCUGUCCUUUUUUUAAGUGGCAUUUUACAAACUUGCUGUGCUUCCUGUAUGCGGUUUCAUGAAUAAUUCUUGUUGUCGAUGAUGCGUGUGCAUGUGUUUGUGUUUUUAUUAGAGUUGUGUCUCAAAUGCAUACCUUGUACCAUAUA